CAGAGCCCCUUCCCCACCUCUCCCCUCCCUGACCCUUCCUGGGGGCUCAGAGGAGGGCCCAGGAGACCCCUUUGGGUGGCUGGCUGGGGGUCCUCCCUAGGGAUCACUAGGAACAGACCCCCCCCGGUCCCCUCUUCCUCUCCUUCCUCCCCUUGGGCAUCCCAUGUAGCUUGGAAGGCUUGCUUGACAGACAGACCCCCCCAAACCUCCUUCUGGACAACCUCAGUUGGGAAGACGACAACACCCAGCAUCCACAGACCCUUGGGAUGGCUUGCGUAGGGAGCCUGGGAGUUGUAGUUCCUGACACAUUUCCAUGGGUGGGGGGUAUGGGUUUGUUAGUUUUGCCAAGAGGCACAGGUGUUGUUGUUGUCUAAAGCAGUGAUUCUUCCCCCCCCCAAAGUGUGUACUUCCAGAUGUUUUGGACUCCAGUUCCCAGAAUUCCUGACCAUUUGGGGGCUUCUGGGAGUUGUAGUCCAAAACAGCUGGUUGAAAGGGAAUGUUUCUCCUCUGAACUGGAGCAUCCUCAGCCUCUCUCCUGACAGAUGCUCCCAUGAAAGCCCCUCUCUGCCCCAAGAUGCCUCUCUUCAGUUAGGUCUGUUUUAACUCAUGUGGAUCUGUAAUGGAUAAUGCUGCUGUUUUUGUCUGAAGGUGGGACUGCUAUGGAAUAUGACGAGAAGUUGGCCCGCUUCCGACAGGGCCAUCUCAACCCCUUCGACAAGGCCCCGUUGCAAAGCCCUACCGACCAGAGGAUGACCGGGGGCGAAGUCGAGUUCCCACAGAAAGCAGACUUGAGGCUGGGAUUGUCCUCUGAGGAGCCUGCUUUCCCGUGUUCGGAGCGCACCAUGGACUUGGGACUGGCAGAGGACCAUUUUUCGCGUCCGGUGGGCUUCUUCCUGGCUUCGGACGUUGAGCAGCUGCGCCAGGCCAUUGAGGAGUGCAAGCGUCGGAUCCUGGACCUUCCGGACAAUUCGGAGAAGCAGAAGGACGCGGUGGUGCGGCUCAUUCACCUGCGGCUCAAACUUCAGGAGCUGAAGGACCCUAGUGAGGAUGAGCCCAACAUCCGAGUAAUCCUGGAGCAUCGCUUCUACAAGGAGAAGAGCAGCAGGAGUGUGAGGCAGACCUGUGACAAGUGCAGCACCAUCAUCUGGGGGCUCCUUCAGACCUGGUACACCUGCACAGGUUGCUCUUAUCGCUGCCACAGCAAGUGCCUGAACCUCAUUGCCAAGCCAUGCGUAAGGUCCAAAGUCAGCCACCAAGCUGAGUACGAGCUCAGCAUCUGCCCAGAGACAGGGCUGGACAGCCAAGACUACCGCUGUGCUGAGUGCCGGGUGCCGAUCUCCCUCCGGGGGGUCCCAAGCGAGGCUCGCCAGUGCGACUACACAGGCCUUUAUUACUGCACCAACUGUCACUGGAACGACCAAGCCGUCAUCCCUGCCAGGGUCAUCCACAACUGGGAUUUUGAAACCCGUAAGGUCUCUCGGUGCAGCAUGCGCUACCUUGCCCUGAUGGUUUCGCGGCCGGUCCUCAAGCUGCGUGAGAUCAACCCUCUUCUCUUCAACUACGUGGAGGAGCUGGUGGAGAUCCGGAAGCUGCGCCAGGACAUCCUCCUCAUGAAGCCGUACUUCAUCACUUGCAAAGAGGCCAUGGAGGCCCGGCUGCUGCUCCAGCUGCAGGACCGGCAACACUUUGUGGAGAAUGAUGAAAUGUACUCGCUGCAAGACCUGAUUGACGUCAACGCUGGGCGCCUGGGCUGCUCCCUGACGGAGAUCCACACACUCUUUGCCAAACAUAUCAAACUGGACUGUGAGCGGUGCCAAGCAAAAGGUUUCGUGUGCGAGCUUUGCAAGGAGGGGGACGUGCUCUUCCCCUUCGACAGCCAUACCUCCAUGUGCGUAGACUGUUCGGCCGUCUUCCAUAGGGACUGCUACUAUGACAAUUCAACAACGUGUCCCAAGUGCGCUCGGCUCAGUAUGAGAAAGCAGUCGCUGCUCAGGGACCCCAGCACAGAGCUGCAAGCCUAGCAUUGUCUUCCCUUGUCUCCUGGGCAGAGAGACACACAGAGAGACAAUGGUAUCAGAGCACUUGGUGUUCCCCAUUAGGUUGGGCUUCGCCAAUCCUUGCCUGCAAAGGACUUGGCAAAGAGAGAGGAACCUUUCACAGGAACAUUGCUGGGAACAGACCGCUCAAAGCUGGAAAAUGAGGCAGAUGGGCAGGUGUCGAACCUUGCUCCUAGCCCCUCUCUCACUGGAAAAGCUGCUGAGACUUCUCCAUUUUGUGUGUGUUGGGCUCUAACAAACUCUCCAUACCUGGAAUUAGAAGACUCAGGUGAAAAACUGAGGUGUGAGAAGGACGCGUUCUUGGCUUUGGAAUUACUCCCGGCAGAUCUGUGCUGAGCUGAACAAUCCUGGAGAAAGAACUGCCUGACCACGAUUGCACGAAUGUAGCUGCCAGCUAAACGCAGCGACUGCUUUUUAACACUGCCAGUCUGUGCUGGCGUGUGACAGUGAAAGUGCAACUGUGGUUUCUUUUCAAAGACAACAUUGGUGAAGAAGAUUAUUUAAGAUGGGUUGGCCUUGGGGUGACCUGGCAUCUAAAAGUUAGUCCUUUUUGACUUAGGUACAUCUGUGAUGGAGAUGGGCAGAGAGGGGUUCCUUUCCUCUUCUCCAUGAUGCUCACUAGAGGCAAAUCCAAGGAAUGUGUACAUUGCAAAGUUGGAACCAUCCCUGGCAUCCAUGGAGAAGAGAUGGCAGGGUACGUAAACCACAGUAAAUUAUCACAAGCACUAAAAUCACUUUAAAUAAAGCUGUGUGUUAAGUCUUGGUGUGAUUUUAGGCUUUUUUCUGUUGGGCCUGCCUUGCAUCUUCUUCUUCUUCCUCCAGAACAGCAUCUUCUGGGGCUAUUAAGGACAUUUAGUGGCCAAAGAAAUCUGGAGGAUGAUAACUUAAUGGUGCAAAAGACUAAUUUAUAGAAGCUAAUUUAUGUAAGAUUUCCGGUGUCUAAGUGAUGGAGAUCUUGCAGUAGAAUUUCAAGCUGUGCAGUAUUUAUUUAUUUACUGUUCUCAGAGCAUGGUUAAACUUUUACACCAUUGUUAAGCUUUGGGAAGAUGUGGGCAGCCACUGGAGCACUGUGGCAUUGAGUGCUGUUGUGUACUCAAUAUGUAUUUAUUGCACAUGGUUGCGUGCACACAUACACACACAAAGAUGAUGUGGAAGUGUUCUUAGACCUUUUGUCUCCAUUUCGACUAAGUGCUUUGGGUGACAGGAACAUACAAAUACAGUAACUUUGCUAGGUCUUUUAUUUAUAGUCUUUCAAAUAUACCUAUAAAGUUUUGUUUGCAACAGAUUUUAUUCAAUAAUCUGACGCUUCUAUGGGUAUGUGAUAAAUCUGUCACAAAUUCAACUCCUUAGGUGAUGAAUAGAUAUGCAAGAAUUCAGUUAUAAUCAAUGCUGGAUUGUCCAAUGAAAGAAGUGUGGGUUUCAGCUCCACACAGACAGUUGGCUGUUGGUGUCAACCAUUCAAAACCGACUUGGAUUUUAAAUAGGUUACCUGUUGAGAGUUACGAUAGGGAGCUAUGCUUGAGUUUAACAACAAUGUUAAAGCAGGUAAGAACAUGAGAGGUAAGAACAAAGACCUACCUGGUCUAGUAGCCUAUUUGUUGGACUGACCUGUUUUAGGAACCGGAAGGCAUUACUUAUGAGGUCUGUGUGCCGCAUUAUACUUUGUUCAUCCACUUUUUGAUGUCGUUCUCGCAUUUCUUGGCGAAAUCACGGCAUCUGUGUCUGAGAAGGAAAGUAGCAAGGACCUUUCCACUUGUUGUGAAGGGAAAUUAGAACUGGCCUGAGAGAUGCAAAGAAAACCAGGAACCUAUAC